AUGUCGAGGUGUAUUCGCCAGUCCGUAUGCACAAACUUCAAUGUCUGUAGGCGACAAUGCUUUAGCACUUAUGCCUCUGCUCUCAAGGAAAUGACACAUCCUAUAAAACCCUCAGCGCAAACGCUCAGACAUCUACAAUUCACUCAAAGAAUACCUUUUCAAAAAGGAUUGGAAAUACAGGAGACAUUAGUUAGGGCAAAUUUGGACAUCAAAGACAUUCAAUCGAAGAUUGAGAGAAAAUUAAUACAAUUGGAUGAAGAAUAUAAGGGCACUGCAACAAUAAAUGAUAACGAAAAAAGAAUAUUAGACAAGGUUAUGGCAAUGAAACCUAAUCCGAUAAUAUUAACGUUUGAGUUUGAGCCAACUUAUACAGGUGGGAAGAGGAUUAAGAAAACUAUGACGCCAGAUCAGAUAGCGGCUUAUGAAAGUUUCAUUCCAGAAACGCAAAAGGACAACCCACGACCAAAGUUUGUUCAAGUGGAAAGGGGUGGACAAGUAACAUUUCAUGGUCCAGGCCAAAUUGUUAUUUACAUUAUUUUAGAUUUGAAAACAUUUCAAAGUUUCCCUGCUAAAUGCUUGGUUUCAUGCAUUGAGCAGGCCACUAUCAGAACGUUGAAGAAUACCAAGAUGUGCGACGACACUGACAAGCCUUUGAACUUAGAUGCUAUGACUACAAAGGACACUGGAGUUUGGGUUGAAAAUGGCAAGAAGAAAGUUGCUAGUGUUGGAAUACACGUCAGACGUUCCAUAACAUCGCACGGGGUAGCAAUUAAUGUUAAUACAGAUCUAUCGUAUAUGAAUAGUUUUGAAAUGUGCGGUUUGAAAAAUACACUGACUACUUCAAUUAUGGAACAACGACCCGAUGCUGUUGUAAAUGUGCAAAGUGUAGCAAUUAGUUUUGUCAAAGAAAUGACAAAGCUGCUAGGAAUAAAAACUUUGGAAAGAAUGCAAAUUGACGACGUCAAUAUUUUGAAAAAGAAUCCGUGA